AUGGCAGAUAAUAUGAUAACACAGCAGGGCAAAAGAAGACAACUUCUUUCAGAGACUGAUGCUAUUGUUUCUCCACCAGGAUCGUCUUUGUAUCCGAAAACUGCUGUUAUUUCAAGAGCAGCUUCUACGCCGGAAAUAUCUCUGGAAAACCGCAACUUCAUGCGAGAAAACUCCACUAAGGAGAAAGACUCAUGCAAAAGAAAAUACAGCCGCCCACGGAGUGUCAGCUUCCAUCCAAACAUACGACUGUAUUACGCCGCGACUACGAACGAUUUAGACGAAGUGAAGAUGUUGAUCGAGUCAGGAAUGGCUGAUGUAAACGCGAGUAAUCCGGCCGAGGGUGCUUCGGCUUUACACGGGGCCUCAUACGAAGGAAGCCUCGAGUGUGUCCGGUACCUUCUAGAAAAAGGUGCCAACGUGAACCUUUCGGACGAUGAUGGCUGGACACCGCUGCAUGCGGCAGUUUGUGGAAAGAAAAGGAAAUGCGUUGAUUUGUUGUUAAAAGCGAGCUGUGACCCUUUUGCUGAGACACUCGAUGGUUUAACGCCAUUUCAGAUGGCCAUCGAAAUGGGCAGCGAUAAACUACUCAGACAAUUCGUAAAGCGAUUUAGUUCUUUGAUGAAAGACGAAUCUGUUCGGGAGUCUUUGGUAUGA